UCUGUUGGCCUUGUUUCUGCUGCUGUGAGAGAUGCCCUCGGAUUUUACUGACAACAUGUGGUUCAGAUUUUGAUUCUUUCACAGUUUUAUCAUUUGUCUGUUGUCACAGGACAGCAUUGUGAUAAAAUGAUAAAGCCAGGACGCAGACUGUUAAACUGCUCUCCAGAAACAACCCCACCCACUGCCUCUCUCUUGAUCCACGCCGUACACCUCUAGCUCUUUUUCUCUUUUGCUCACUUGCUUGGCUGAUUUUCUGUCUGUGGUCAGGAAGUAGAAGCACGCUUUUGUGACAAUAAAAGUCGAUUGCACUGCAUUGCAUGUCUGCAAUGCAACACAACAAAACUAAAAAAAAUUGACACAAAUCUCCUUCAUACUGGAUUAUGUAUAUCGGUGAAUGGCGCCAUCGAAGGUUGUAACAUCCUUCAGGAUUUCACACGUAUGGGAUUUUACAAAAUGACCAUUGUUCACACAGCAGACGAGGACAUUUUGUAGCAAGACAUCAUUUACUGCCACAACAUCUUUCACCUGUUUCAAACACAACAGCAACUGAACUGACUGAGAUACAUGCUCAUGGAGGAGGAAAACGUUUUCUCCUCUUUGCCAGAUGUCCCAGAUUCAGUCCUUCAGCAGCCUCAACAAGACCCAUUGAUCUCUCUAGACCACCAGUACGUCAAUGGAGAACAGCAGACCAACGUGUGGGGCGAGUCAGAGGUACAGAUAAACCAAGUACAUGGGACAGAUGAGCUCAGUCUGUCCUCGAAGGCAGGACAAGACACUACUGAAGAGGCAGAACAGUGGGAACAAGUAAUAUGGUCGGUGCGGCCCUUGAGCUGUGCCAGUCCCCCGCUUUCAUUUGCCACAGUGCAGUGGGACAUGCCUGACCCCGCCACCGAGACGCCUUCACUCAUAACUGACAGCAGCGUGGCCAAUGAGCUGGACUCUGAUGGUGUGAUGACUGUAGACACCAUUUCCUCAUCACCACUUCACCAGUCUCAAGACAUUAAUGCAGAGCUUUUCACACAGGAGGUCUGGGAGGAAGAAGAUAGGUUUCAUUCUCAGCCUCUGAACUCAAAUCUAGAGGGGACAGGAAAUGACUCCGAGCCAUGUGAUGCUGCAGAUGUGCAAGAGCCUACAGCACAGGAAGAGGAAGAUUCAACACAUGAGCUGUUAGACAACAAUAACGAAAUCCCACUGACAACAGAGUCAGAGGAAGAAGAGGAACAAUCUGCAACUGCAGGUCUUGUCGAAACUGUAGACUUAAUUGAUAUUCUUGAAGACACUGAAGGUUCAGAAGAUGAGGCAAAGAGUUUAGUAGAUUUAAACCAAGAAGAGGAACAAGAUGAGCCCGGCGCUCUGCUGACUUUACGAGGAAACUCAGAGGAAGAGCAGACGUCACUGAAUGGUGUUGAGAUUGAAGAGGAGAACGAGAAGGAAGGCGAGGCAGAAGAAGAGCAGACUGUGACAGACUUGUGCUGUACAGAAGAAAGUGAAGAUGCAAAAAGUGUCAGCAGUGUGACUGAUGUAGAGGUUCCUGUAGAGCAACUACUACCUGACAAUAGUGAACCAGCUGUAAACCCAGACAAGCUAACUGAGCUGCCACAGUCAGAGCUUGUAGGGGAAAAGACAAACUCGGGGAGUGAGGAGGACAUAGAGAUACUGGAAGGCUUACAUGAAGAUCCCACAGGACAGAGUGAAGAGCCAGAAAUGUGCAAAAAUAUAGACCAGAACUUGGACCCUCAAGACUCAGAGGCCAUGUGUGACAACGAAGACCCAUCGAUACAGAUGGCAGAUAAUGUAGAAAGGAUAGAAAAUUCACAGGAGACACUGGAACUGACUGGAAAACUGGAGGAGACGAAUUGUCCGCAGCAUCAGGAUUGUGACCAACCUACUUCACAGGAAUUGUUGCCAGAGUUGGAACACCCAGAGUCCGAGCAACUUGAGAUGACCAGCAUUCAAGAGCAGAUCCAAGCAGAAGUGCAAGCACAGGAGCAACAGUCUGAAGACCAGUUAGGAAAAGCGCAGCAUGCGGAGCAGUCACUGCAGAUGGAACUGACAGAAGAGUCAGCUCAAUCUGAAAAUGCAGGGGAGUGUACUCUGUCAGAGCAGGCAGUUUGUCCCGAAGAUGAAGACCCUGGAGUGGCAGAGCAGCAACAACAGACGGAGCCAUCAGAGCAGAAUGAGCAAACGGCCGUAUCGUCUCAGUCGACGCUCUCUGAGCAGCUCGUGCGACCAGAGGAAGCAGACGUUUCUGAAAUAACGGAGCAGCUGUCCGCUGAGACUGAGCUUACACAGCAGACAGCAGAGGCCGAGUUCAGUCAGGUGGACGAACAGCCUGAGACGUCACAUCAGAAUGCAGGUAGCGAGGAUGGAUCUGUGCAGACAGUUGUAGCCAACGGAGAGCAACCCAAACUCCCCGAGACAGCAGUAACCCUUAUGAACGGAGGUGCUGUGGACAGAGAGAUGGCCCGUCGCCUUGCUGAACAGCUGUAUAAGUUGGAUGGGAUCCAGCGUGUGGACGUGGUGAAGCACUUAGAUAAAGAUAAUGACUUCAGUCGUGCUGUUGGGGAGGAAUACCUGAAAUUCUUUGACUUCACCGGGCAGACUGUCGAUCAUGCCCUGAGAUCUUUCCUAAAGGUGGUGGUGUUGAUAGGAGAGACCCAGGAGAGGGAGCGAGUCCUGCAGCAUUUCGCCUGCCACUUCCAUCAGUGCAACCCGGACUCCUUCUCCUCUUCAGGGUCUGUGCUGGCUCUUACAUGUGCUGUGAUGCUUCUCAACACUGACUUGCAUGGACAGAAUGUGGGAAAAUCCAUGUCCUCUUCUAAGUUUGUGUCCAACCUGGAUGGGAUGAAUGAGGGAGGAAACUUCAGCAAGGACCUCUUGAAAAGCCUUUACAAUUCCAUAAAGAGUGAACCGCUGGAGUGGGCCGUUGAUGAGGAGGAACUGAAGACCUCCGUGCUGGUGGACGAACACGCGGCAGAUGAUGUGCCGCUGCGGUCAAAAGCCAACCCCUUCCUGAACGUUCCUCAUGACAAAAGGGCGACCGUGGUCAAAGAGGGAUUCCUCCGGAGAAAACUCCACGCCGACAUCGACGGCAAACGCACUCCAUGGGGGAAGAGAGGCUGGAAGACUUUCUACGGAGUGUUCAGGGGAAUGGUCCUUUACCUACAAAAGAAUGAUUAUAGGAGGGAUCAGCCGACUAACGAGGAGGUGGUGAGCGUGCAUCACUCACUGGCCGAGCAGGCAGCUGAUUACACCAAGAAGCCACACGUCUUCCGUUUGCAGACAGCUGACUGGAGGGUCUUCCUCUUUCAGGCCUCAUCCAAGGUGGAGAUGAAUUCAUGGAUCAGCCGCAUCAACCUCGUUUCGGCCCUUCACUCCUCGCCUCCAUUUCCUGCGGCCGUCAGCUCUCAGAGGAGGUUCUUCAGGCCGAUCCUGCCUGCCUCGCAGUCCGCACACACUCUGGAACAUCAGCUGCAGGCGCAUUCAGGAAUGCUGACGUCCUUCAAAGCGGAUCUGUCGUACCUGCAGCAAAACCCACCAGAGGGGAAAAAAGCCAAAGCCAAGGAGCUGGAGGAGCAUCGCGUCAGAGCGGAGUACCUGCAUUACGAGAUGUGCCGCUAUGAGAUCUACAUCCAGGUGCUGGAAGCCUGGAAGAGAGCGAAGAAAACAGAUGACGACAUAUUCGGCGUCACAGGCCUGAACCUGUUUGAUAAAGCCAUGUGUGCAGACUCUGUGGUGGAUGAAGAGGAGGAAGAGGGGCUGAAGAAGUCCCACUCCAGCCCCUCUCUGGAGCUGGAGAUGCCUCGUCCGACUGUGAUCAAAGUCAGGCGUAACAUCUCUGAAAGACGGACUUACCGCAGGACCGUCGUUCCCCGAUGGAACAAAGAGGCCUGAAAGGAGUUUUACUGUGAGAAAAUACAAGCAGUUAACGGCCUUUAGAAAAUGCAGAUUUACACAUUUCUGCUGUGAGCUGACAGGACUUUAGUCUUUUAGUUUGUUGAAGUGCACAUCAGAAAUCUGCCUAAGCAAGUUGUUUUAGGGUUUUUCUGCGUUUUUAUUUUGUGCACUUUACAAAAAUAAAUCUCAGGGAAUCCCUAACCCUGUUUUCCCUCAUUCAUUUGUCGAGGGGCUCAACAUCUCUGGACCUAAUUUAUAUGGUUUUGUUGUGUGAACUUUGAUCUGUAGAAGUACCUGAAGUAGUACCUGAAGUUCAGUGAAAUCUGAUUUUCAUUUAUUUUUCUUUGGGCAGAAAUCUGUCUUAAAAUUAUAACCACUAGAGGGUGCUGUUGUACAGUACAUCUCUGUGUGAAUGGAGGGGGACAGGAUGUGCUGUCAGGUUGACUUAAACAUAUUUUUAAAAAAAAAAAAAAUUCCUAACUGCACUUUUGUUGUUUUAAAUAUUAUGUAUGAAAUGUUUCUUUUCUGUGAAUAUUCAUGAAGUUUGUGUUAAUGUUACAUGUGUUUUUUUCCAAAUGAAGGGUUUAUUUCCAAAAUGUUCUGUAUUGUUUUUCUCUUUGGGGAAAAAUAAACUUUUGUUUAUCAUUCGUUA